CUAUUAUUCUUUGGUUUCACACCUGUGAAAAUUUGACGAAUUGUUUUGAUUUUCAUCUAUGUGUGAAAGUUUGAACUUAAAAAUUCGUAACUGUUGAGAGAAAUAUAAUUGUAUAUAUGAACUUGAACAAAAUAAUAUUCAAAUGUUCGGAGAAAAAGCCAUUGAACUAAUAAAAGAACUCGACAGAUGUUCUGGUACACUUACCCCAUAUAAUAAUGAUUUAGUAUCAGAAGUUCAAAAUGAAAUAAAACAUUUAGUAGAAUGUAAUAAAGAUGAUGCGAGUUUGGAUGAAUCGGGAGCUACAGGUACAUUAUCUGGUACCCUAAUUCCUACAAUAAAAUGUAGACAUAGUGCAAUAAGGAGAGAUAUCCGAUGUUUACUUGCAUAUCAUUAUAAUCGACUUAGAUGCCUACGUAAAAUGAAAUGGGAAUUUGGGGGAUUACUUCCUUCAGAUAUCAAAGAGAAUAUGAGUCAUCUUGAAGUUGAAUGGAUAAGUAAAUACUCUAGCAAUUUAGGAAAAUACAUGAGAUCAGUUGGAGAUGAAGGUAUUAACUUAACUCUUAAUUUAAAGCCACCUAAAUCCUUAUAUGUAGAAGUAAGGUGUUUAUCCGAUUAUGGAAGACUAGAAUUGAACAAUGGUCAUAUAUUGUUAUUGAAAAAAAAUACAAGGCAUUUUCUUCCAAGGUCUGAGGCUGAAGAACUGAUUAGACAAGGAGUACUAGAACAUAUUGUUAAUUAAGUAAAUAAAAAUUUUUAUAAUAUU